UCUCUUCCCUUCCUUCCCACCCCCCAUCCAUCCAUCCCAAACAACCCCAUCCCCAUAACCGUCCCGGCUGGGCCCGGCUCGGCGGCGCGAGACAGGCCUGCUUUUAACACUCGAUCGAUUAUCAUUUCGUUCCCGAUAAUUUUCUUUUAAAGAAGUAUAUAUAUAUCUAUAUAUCUUACACCACACACAACCGGCGUUAUUUUGUUUUGCCCGGCCGCGCGGGUUCGUGGCGGGCGAGAGAAGAAAAAGCGGAGAGUGACCGCCGAGUGAUGAAGAAAUUCUUCGACUCCCGGCGGGAGGCGGCGGGCUCGGGUUCGGGAGGAGGCGGCGGCGGCGGCGGAGGAGGAGGAGGCGGCGGCGGCGGCGGCAGCAGCGGCGGGAGCGGCGGCUUGUGCCCCGGCAGCGGCUUCAUCGGCCGGGUGUUCAGUGUGGGCCGGCAGCAGGUCACUGUGGAGGAGGUGGUGGCUGAAGGUGGUUUUGCUAUCGUGUUCCUUGUGAAAACUCAUAAUGGGGUGAAAAGUGCACUGAAGAGGAUGUAUGUCAACAAUGAACAUGAUUUGCAGGUCUGCAAGCGAGAGAUCCAGAUCAUGAGGGACCUGGCUGGGCACAAGAAUAUUGUCGGAUAUAUUGAUUCCAGUACGACGGCUGUCGGCUCUGGAGAGGUCUGGGAAGUACUGAUCCUGAUGGAUUUUUGUCGAGGAGGCCAAGUUGUGAACCUGAUGAACCAGCGCUUGCAGACUGGUUUCACUGAGAACGAGGUGUUGCAGAUAUUCUGUGACACAUGUGAAGCAGUAGCAAGGUUGCACCAGUGCAAAACGCCCAUCAUCCAUCGGGAUUUGAAGGUUGAAAAUAUACUGCUUCAUGACAAGGGACAUUAUGUCCUCUGUGAUUUUGGAAGUGCAACUAAUAAAUUCCAGAAUCCAAAGGUUGAAGGAGUCAAUGCAGUUGAAGAUGAAAUUAAAAAGUACACAACUCUGUCCUACCGAGCUCCUGAAAUGGUCAACCUUUACUGUGGUAAACCCAUUACUACAAAGGCUGAUAUAUGGGCUCUCGGAUGUUUACUGUACAAACUUUGCUUUUUUACACUACCGUUUGGAGAAAGCCAGGUUGCAAUCUGUGAUGGGAGCUUUACAAUUCCAGACAACUCCAAAUACUCCAGCGAGAUGCACUGCCUAAUAAGAUUUAUGCUCGAGCCAGAUCCAGACAAAAGACCUGACAUUUACCAGGUGUCGCACUUUGCAUUUAAACAAAUUGGAAAGGAGUGCCCUGUCCAGAAUGUCAGUAACUCUCCCAUUCCAGCCAAGCUUGUUGAGCCAGUAAAAGCCAGUGAAGCUGCAGCUAAGAAGACACAGCCCAAGGCGAGACUGACAGACCCAACUCCACCAACUGAGACAUCAAUAGCUCCUCGCCAAAGGCCGAAGGCUGGGCAGGCUCCAGCCAACCCAGGGAUGCUGCCCAUUCAGCCUUCUCUGACCCCACGCAAAAGGCCAUCGACCCAGGCAGUCGUACCGCCAGCAGGUGUUGUUCUCGGCAGUGGUCACAACACUCAGCCACCAGGCCUACAGCAGCCUCAGCAACAACCAAGGCCUCAGUUGCAGCAGCCGCAAUUGGUGCUGCAACAGAAGCAGCCCCAGGCUACAGCAGCGCAGCAGAAGCAAGCACAGGCUCAACCCCAGCCGCAAGCAGCAGGGCAGCCUCCUCCUGCCCCACAACAAGCAGCUGUCCAACCACAGCUCUUUGUGCAGCAGCCCCAGCUCCUGCAGCAACAACAGCAGCAACAGCAACAGAUAAUGGCUCAACAGUACCACGCCAUGCAGCAAGCAUUGCAACAUCAGAUGAUGCAGAAUUACUAUCUCCAGCAACAGCAGCUUGCAACAGCCGUGCAGCAGUUACAGUACGUGAACCAGCAAGCUGCUCCUGCCCAGCCACAGCUGCCCUCAGCACUCCCUCAGCAUACACCAUUACCUCCACAGCAGCAACAUAAUGCAGCACCACAACCAGCCUCUCAGGAACAGGGAAUGACCCAAAUACAACAACAGCAGCAGCAGCAACCUCAAGUGGCCCCAAACCAGUCUCCAAAAAUGGUGUCGGUGUCACUGACUCCUCCAUCAUCACCGAAGACUCAGCGUUCUGGCCACAGAAGGAUCCUCAGUGAUGUCACGUACAGUGCAGUGUUCGGUGUUCCAGUCAGUAAAUCGACCCAGCUCCUGGCAGCUGCAGCUGCUGAAGCUGGUUUAAACAAAUCCAAGUCAGCUACAACCACUCCCUCAGGAUCUCCACGGACCUCUCAGCAGAAUGUCUACAAUCCUCCUGACGUGUCUACGUGGAAUCCUUUUGCCGAUGACAAUUUCUCCAAACUCACUGCCGAGGAGCUGCUCAACAAGGACUUUGAGAAACUCAAGGACGGUAAGGUCGAAAAGACUAGCACAUCCACUGAGAGUCUGAUCCCAGGGCUUCCAGUAGCCCAGGCACAGUUGCAGACAGAUGCUUUUGGAAUUGAUCCGUUCACAAGUGGUGCAGCAGGCAAGUCCACAGAGCUGUUUGUUCCGGAUGCUUCCAUCCCGGCAAUCAACGUGCCUGACCCUUUCACUCCUGUUCAAACAUCAGAGCAACCAGAAAAGCUCAUUGAAGGUUUGAAGUCUCCUGAGACUUCAUUUCUGCUCCCUGACCUUUUACCUCUUGGUGACCCCUUUGGGAGUACUGAGGAUAAUAUCAAUGGAAAGGCUGAGAUAGCGGUGGGAAAUCUCAUAUCUGGAUUUGAGCCCUCACAGCCUCAGCGACUGCCUCCAAUGCAGGUGGAAUCUUUAAGUGUUGUGGCUACAAAGAAUGCUUCAGACUCUCUCACCGGAGAGGACUCCAUUCUUGACUAUUCUCUCCUCUCUAACCCAGCGACUGAAAUUAUUGAUGAAUUUACUCCUGUAAUUUCAUCUCAUCAGGUUAAGCCAGAGGAUACUAACCUCAUCUCAGACUUUGAUCUGUCUGUUAAAAAUGACAAAGUGGAAGAAGAUGAAUUUGACCCUAUUCCUGUGUUAUCAAAAAAUUCACAAGGUGGCCACUCUAGAAACAACAGUGGGAGCUCUGAAUCCAGUCUUCCCAACUUAGCUAGGUCUUUACUGCUUGUGGAUCAACUGAUAGACCUGUAGGAUGGCACAACGUUAAGUUCAGCAGUCCUCUGCAUCAACAUUUCCAUCUCCCAUUGGAUUUUCCGUGCAACCUGUGACGAGGGCUUUACUAACUGAGGAACUGAGCUACAUUUCCAUUUUCUUGUCUUAUUUACUGUUGUGUCCUAUUUAACCAGCAUGUCCUUUCUGACAUUUUUCCAUGAUUAAAAUAGAUUCGUUCUUGACAUUUUUGGCAGAACUGCAAUGAGGAUGAAAGAAAACUGUUGCACUAAUUUGAGGUUAGAUUGUCACAUCGCAAAGCUCCAGAUUACUGUGGAACUGCCAAUAUCAACAGUUUAUGUGAUAGUUUAUGCACAUGAGCAAAGUCUGAUUGUUUCUAGAAAUGAUGUGACAAACGUUGACAACUUUGUUGAGUUUUGGAGCAUUUGACACUGAAGACUUGUAGGUUUGCAUUUUAAAGAGAAGUUACAUUGCCCCUGACUAACAUUCAUGAGGAAAUGGAACCUUUUGACAUCAGAAAAAAAAUUGAAAUUAGCAUGACUUGAGACUUGUCCCAAAGGUUAUGUUGGAUUUAGGGCAUGAUUUAUUUUCUGUGUGAGGAUGGAAAACCCUGGUAAUCUGUCUGAUGAUUGAUUGUCUUGAUAGCUUGGCACCAGUGAAUAAACAAAAACAAUAUACAGGACUGGAGCUACAUAAGGUCCGAAAGUUGAUAAGAAAACGUUUUGUCCUCUAACAUUCCAUUAAAUCACUUACUUCAGCUAAAAAAAGAAACCAGGAAUGGACAGAACAGGGAAAGGUCAUUCAAUCUUUUCACUGUCUCUUUCCUUUCCAAGGCUGUCUUUAAAAGUCAUUCAAGUUAGAUAAGUAAGAUUUUUGAACUGAGAUGUGUUACUUGAAUUAUAUCUACACUGGACAAGAAGAUUUGAGCAAUAUAUGUUGAAAACUCAUCAGUGUUACAGUAAAGGCCAAUUGUGCAAUGACUUGUUUCAGUUUACAGAUCACUGUUAAAUCAAGCUCUUUCUUUUAGUGAAAUUAUUAAGCACUGUUAAAUAAGUCAUUCAAAGUCUAUCCCUCUCUUUCUUUUGAGUCUCUCUGUGUUUCUCUUGUCCUCAUAAACAAAGUCUGUACUGUUUGGUUGCAAUAGCAAACCCUGAAGUAAGUAGGUAUGCGCAUCCUUGCACACUUGGAAAGUAUUGCAGUCAGCAUUUUAAAGCACUGUCUCACUUUGAGGAAAUUGGAAACUAUUCCUGAUGCACUUUUUAUUAUGGUUCAGAGCUGCCAAAAUCAGAUUUUACAAUGUAGUUGUGGAGGUUAAGAUCUGCAGUUCCAUGUAAUGCUGUGACACUUGGAUCCAAACAACUUCUCUGCUGAGUUCAUUUCUUGACAGGCAAACUGGAAUCUUAAAGAAAGAGGAUGAACUGAUGUUUCAGUGUGAAAUAUUCUGAAUGCUGUUUUGUUGCCUUCCUGCACACCCUUCGUGUUCAUUUGUUUCUGAUAGCACAUAACUGCUUUGAAUCAGAUAGUCCUCACACCAGUAACAAUGCACUGUGAUAUGGAUCUGCAGUUUGGCUUUUGUGAAUUGAAAAUUAGAUUUCUGACGUUUAUUGAUGUAGGAUUGAUUUCAAGGCAAUGGGAUCCUGUGACUUGUAAAAAGGGAAGUUGAGUUUGCUGUAAAUUGAGUGGCUUGAGGUGAAGCAUUGUCAGAAAUUAAGCACAGCUUCAAUCACAUUGUGAAGACACCCUGUCAGUGAUUGCAAGUUUGGCUGCAUUAUUAUCUAAAAGUGACGAGUGUCCUAAUCAUAAUGUUUUGACAAAGUUGAAAAUGCUACCCAAGGAUUGAGAUGCAAACUACGAGUCUUAUUAUCAUGUAAUUUACUCACUUACAGUGCUUCUUUAUGAAGAGUUUUGUCCCUCUGCAAAAUUUUUCUGGGGUAGCAGGAGGUGGUUUACUCUGAAUAGGAUUUCCUACUUUAAGUACACUGGGUAUUGUUUUCCAAGGCAGGGAAGGAAAGCUAACUGUUUGACACUGAUGUACAUCUUUGCUUCAUUGUUCAAAAAGCAUGGUAAUGUCAGGGAGGCAAGAGGCAACGCAUUCAUUCAUGGCCUUGAAGGAGCAAAACAAUGAAUCAUACAAGUCAAGCAAAGGCGAUUGGGGCUAACUCGAUUGUUUUUGGUAAGAGCUGGCACAGCGUCAAUGGGCUGAAUGGUCUCCUUCAGUUCUGUACUGUUCGAAGAUUCAAAUCUUUUUGGUGGAUCUUUGGUGAACUAAUAUGUUUGAAUGUCCCAAUGAUUCCAUAAGAGUUCCUUCUGGUGGAGAGACACAGAGACACCAGAUUCCCACUUUGCACAGCUACUCUGUUUUGGAUCCAAAUUGCACUAAUUCCUGCUCAGGAACUUGGAGUCUUCCGCAUUGCUUCCAGCACUGAACUGUCACCUGACUCUAAUUUCUGAAACUUGCAGGAUUCAUGUGACACCACAACAAAAUGGAAAUUAGCAGGCAAUAAAUAGAUCUUGGGCAGAAUGGAUUUUCCCAGUCAUCUUAUUAAAAUUCGAACAAGUUAACCAAAGCCAUACAUUGGGUUUGCAUCAAAAGAUUUAAUUGGCUCUCUGGAGACAAAAAAUGUACAUUUUUUGGCAAUUAGGAAUUGAUCAAAAAGAAAAUGUCCAGCCAUGUUGCAUUCUUUCUUUCAUGUGUAUUGUUCGCCUGUUUUUGCCGGAAAACUGUAUGUGAUUGCUCCUGCUCCCUCAUCCAGCUGUAGACCAGGACAAGGGCACGUGGGCUCAUUGGAGUUCCACUGGAGUUGAAUCUGAGGGACUGGUACAAAUAAUAGUGAUAUUUCCAUCGAGUAGCAGAGAGAGUUUGAAUUAAAGGGGAUGGUCUCGAGUUGGCUGCAUUGUGCUCCAUCCAGUGAUACAUCCAAUCGAGCAGAUCAGUCUUAAAUCCACAAAAGAUCUAUCAUAAUCAAGGCAAUUUGCAGUAUUUGUUUACUCGAAGUCAUUGUUACACAUUAGAAAUUGAUGGAUUGACAGAAAGUAUUCCCUGAAUGCAAGACAGAAUUUCAGAAGGCCAUGUUGUGAAAGUAGACUUGGGCACUGUAAACAUUGUCCUUGAUGUAAUCACAUCAGCAGAAACAGUUUGCAAUCUAAUUUUGCACUUGCAUCUUUCAAAAAGGUGCAGGUCUUGUUUGAUCUUCAGCCAAUGAGUGACUGAUGCCUGUGAAGCUAAUGUUAAUUUAUUGGAAAUGAUUGCUAAGUCGGACCUGAGGAAAUGGAUUGAUGCAGUGUGCAUGAGGAGCCUAUUUUUCAACUUUCGAUCUCCCGUUGGGCCUUGAUUAACAAUUGAGUGUUAUGUGAAGUAACUCCGUGAAGGGGAAUUACAUUGGAGGAGCAGAAUCAGGCUGAUGCCCAAGGAGUGCAUUAGAUUUGAUGAUUGAUUCAUACUUAGUUUCACUAGUAAUGGUUAAGUCAUGAGAUGGAAGUUGAUUCUUCAGAGGAAAACUCAAUGUUCACCUGGCUUUGACAUUUAAAUCCUUUUUUUUCAUUUUACGGGUGAAGGGAAGAAUUGGUGUAUUUGUUUUAACUGUCUUUCUCCUCUCUGUCAACAACUUUGUGUUCAGGAAAGGAAAUGGUUUUAAACCAAGAGAUUGGCAGUGGCCAGAAGUUCAGUGAGAUGUGUAGCAAUGCAGCUGAGUUUAAGUAAUUAGUUAUGUUAGUAGUGAACAUUGUGUACGAACUUCCUGUGUGAAUCUGAACAGUCCCAUUUUCUUCCUGUAGUUCUUCAGCUGAGAGUGUUUAAUAUCUAGGAACUACAAGAGGAAUGAAGAGAUCAUUGGCUAUUUUCAGUGGCAUUUUUCAGCUCGUCUAAUGCUUCUGCUCGUCAUUAAAGCUGACUGGGCAAAGAAACUUGGGUUGGAGGCUGUUCAAAGCAUGCCUCAGUAUCAGGGAAGCAAUGUGCGUGGAGUGAUGUUUUCCUGGGUUAAUGUAAUUAUUGGGCUAUAUUCUGGCGUGUAUGAUUCAUUAUUGGUCCCCGCUGUAGAGGGUGUGGAAUGGUACACGGGGAGUCAAAAUGUCAAACUUGUUGGUGUCGACCUCCUGAUCAGUGUGAACCUUUAGCUGUGAACACCUUUAGCAGUUCAGACUUGUGCUGUGAUCAUGGGAGCUGCAUAUUCAUUGAAGUAUGGAAGAAACUUUAAUCACCAGAAGAAUUCCAUUCUGAGUUGAGUUUUCCCUGUGACUGUAACAAGUGUCGACUGUAUGCCUAUUGGUGUGAGACAUUGUUUUCUGCCACUUAGUGCAUUCCUCAGAUUGUUCUGCAAAAUGAGAAAUUAUAGACAGUUCUGUUUUCCUGGUCAGAAUAAAGAAACUGGAAUCUUCUUCAUUCUUCUGUCGUGACCUCAAAGUGACCCCGUUUAUAGUUAGCUGAGAGCAGCGUUAAUGGAAUUCUAGUAUUAAUAGUUAUUCACUCAGCCUCAUUUCAAACAAUGAGAAGUUAACCUUGAUUGACAUGUUCUAAAUAUGGCAAUGGCACUCCAAGCUCAAUGCUCAAAGCACAGGACAGGUUGAAAGAAGGAGAAAUGAUGUAACCAGAAUGUCAUGGUUGGAUAUGUCAGCUUUGAAUGGUCAGGUGGGGAUGAGACCCGACUGUUGUGACACAUAUCUCCAACUCUUGCAGGGAAACAUACCAACUUCUCCAUCAAGCCUGCCCUACACAUGAUGUUUGCAAGUCCCUCCUUUGUUUCUUUUUGGAAGACUCAUCACCAAAUCACCCACUCGACCAAUUUAAAAAAUUGGUUACAAGCAGUGUCCAUCAGGGGCAGUGCAACAAUCAAGUUAAUUCAAGUCACCAGAGUCUUACCUGACCAAAGGGCUGCCCUGUCAUCAGAGAGAGGCGACUGGUGGUGAUUUAAUCUGAGGGCCAUCACACCUCAGGCAAGAAGAGAGAUUGAGAAGGACAGUCGUACAUGGUAACCUCAGCCGGUGUAGAAAUGGAGCCCACAUUGUUGGCAUCACACUGCCUCGCAAAACAACUGACAAGCAAACAAAGUUAAACAGACCCCCAACCCGUGCAGCAGUAACAUAUCAGGAAGGGGAGGAAAAGAGAGAAGGGAUUGAAUAAACAUGGGAUUGGUGGGCGCAAUAAUGUGCCCCAGGCUUUGCAGUACCUACCUUGCUUCAAGGAUCCUCAUGUGGAUCACUGAAGUGGGGUUGACUCUUAACUGCUUUCUGGGAGAUUCGGGGUGGGCAAUAAAUAUUCAAUACAAGCAAUGCCUAUAACCAAUGAAAGAGCUGAAAACAAACAUCAGGAAGGCUUAAAGACUCUGCUACUUGACAGUAAAUACACCCAGUUUUUUUCAGUCUGUGGAAGCAACUGACAUUGUUCAUGCACAGAGUCAUUCUGAGCUGUUUCCUUGUAAUUUUUCUGAAAUGACCCACAGUUGAAGGGACCAAUCUAGGCACAUCAUGACAGAUGCAGUCUAAUCAAGGGCAUGUACAAUUAAUUCAGUAGCCAACUUUGGUUUCUGCUGAAUGGUUUCAUUUGUCUAACCCAGUAUCGUGUUUCAGCGUGAUUCUCUGUAUGGGCUAUGAAACGUGCCUGGUCAGUGCACAAUUGAAUCUCCACCUCUUAUCUCUCAUGACCACUUUCAGCACUGUUCCUCAUUAGUGAUGAACAUACUCAACACUUGGCCCACCAACAUACAUGUCACCACAAUAGCUGAGCUUCAAUUACAUUUGCUGUUGUCUGACUGACUUUCCUUGCCUCAUCUAGAUCUCUUUGCAUUAUGCAGUGCUUCUCUGCUGUCUUCAAAUCAUGUUCGGAUGGGUGUAAUUGACAACCUUACCAUCAUAUUCCCAAUGCUGCUGUCUAGUUAAUUCCUAAAAGCUAUAAACUCAAGGCAGCUUGACACUGAUUCUUGGGGACACCAAAAGGAACUUGCUUCUCAGCUGAACCAUAUUGAUGAAUUACAAUUUGUUUGAUUUGGACCAGUUCCAAAUGCCAUGUAUUAAAUUAACAAUUUGUAAAGUUGCAUGUUAUCCAAGCUUUCAGCCAAUCUUGAGAAUGUAAUGGCUACCAUAGUUAUGCUAUCCUCUUGUACAGUAGCGUGGUGAGUAGUCGCAAUUAGCCUUACCUUUUGGGAGCCAUGCUGAGUCCAGGUAUAUCUCAUAGAAUGUUCUCUUUACCAUUCGUUAUCAAGAUCACCUCUUGGAUCUGCCUCUUGGGUCCUGUAGUGUUAUGGCCUUUGUUUAGGAAGUCUGGGGAUGAUGAAGGAUCUUCCUGAUGUUCUCACCUGACAAAUAUGACAAAGGCAAGUACAUUGCAUAUGUCAACAUGUUAAUAAAGAUUAUUGUAUUAUCAGACAAAGUGGGAUAAGUAAUAUGUGCAUGUCAGUAUAUUCAACUUGAAUUCCAUUUGUGUCAUUUUGAAAGACGAGAUGAAUUUCGUAAGCAGUAACAUGUCUGACUUAGCUUUCCAAUAUCUCCUUUUUUUGUUGUUCGCCUUUCAUAGUUCCACUCUGUGUACUGUACUGAAUUCCCAUAACCUCACUUUCCCGUCCAUACCCACAUACACCUAACUAAGCGAUGGCACAGAGAUAUUCCUGGAUUGCAAAGUCUGAACGAAUCUUCAGCAUCUGAUAAACAUGUGAUGAAACAAUUGGAAGCAUUGCCAGUUCUGUGCAACAUUUUCCUCUUCCAGUGACGAAUUAUAUUGUGUUUAUUCUCACUCACUGCCAAAAUUGAGUUUACAGGUAAAAUUGACUUGGAGAGAAAAACAAAAUGUGGUCCCAAUGAUCUGGUCAAAAUUGAGCAUUUGUAAUUGGGUCAGUAUUGUGCAGUGACUGAAAUUCUCUCCAGUUCAAGUGACUUGAACCAUGCUUUGAGAGAUAUUGGAAAGGAACUGUUUUUAAUGCUCUUUUGUCAUUGCAAUGCAUCCAGUGAAGUUGGCUUGUCAGAUCUCGGGAGCAAUUCCUGCACACAGGGAUGUGAAGUACUGCUGUGCACCUUACAUGGUGACCCAAUGGUGGAUAUUGACUAUAAACUUCAUGAGCAGAACCAUUAGUAGCCAAAGAUCAGGGGUUCUGCUGAUGAGGCGAUGAGGCUAUUUCAGUCUGCGUUAUGUAGGCCAAAGUUGAUAGUAAUUCAUCACCCUCAUUGCUACCCUAACAUAGAUGAGUGUCUUGCUCCAAUUUCACUGGGCAGCAACGGCCAAGGCGGAACAGAGAGCCAAUCUGGUAGUAUCUUGCUGGAUUUGCCGUCUGCCAAAUCUUGCUGAUGCGAGUAAGAUCCACAUUGGCUUGGGAAUGCAAGCCAAUACUCUCAAACUCAUAUUGCUUUUCUUCGACUCUCUCACCUUGCCAUGGGUGCACUGGAAGGAAAGCCAAGGUAUUUUGUGUGAAAUCUGUCAUGCACAUAGUAGCAAAUUCUGCUGAUCUGCUUCUUGCUGGCACACUGCAAAAAACUAAAAUCUGCCACAAAGAGAGCUGGCAAGAAAUGGGCCUUGAAUCUAUAAAUAGUGGUGAAAAAGCCUUUAUAAAUUUGGUCUUGCUUUGAAAGUAAAAAUGACUUUUGACAUCAAUCUUGAUUAUAAAAUGAAAAGUUCCAUGAGUUAAUAAUGUGACAAUAUUCAAACGGCUUCAUUCUGUAGCUGUUCGUUUGCGUUGAUUCUUCUUCAGUACCCAGCUUCCAGCCAUUUGAAACCAAUCUGUACUCACUUAUUUUGUUUCAAUAAUUAAUUCAAGUUCCUGCUGUGAUUUAUUUAUGUUCCUUCUAAUAACUGCACUCAGCUGCAUUUUUCUUGUUCUUGUCAAUGUCUUUAUUAUUGUAACCUGAAGUCACAUUUUUAUAACCUGCACUUUAUUCCUCAUUUGUUUUGCUUACAACAGAAGUAAUGUUGUUUUUCUAACUCCAACUGAAAUCAUGUACAUUUGAAUUGCCUGCUAAAAUGUUUUCUCCAACCUGAGGUUUCAUUGGAGGUUCAUGUGUUGCAAACCUAUGCAACCUCUGCUACUGUAGUUUCAAAUCAUUGUGGGUUCGCAAGUAGAUCUCUUGAAGGUCAGUCUUAUCUCCCUUUGCUUUUGUAUUUGUAUCCAAUCAGAAUAUGCUGUUGUGACUUGUAGUUAUUCCAGCUGCAGUAUUGUGUGAUUCUAGUAUACAUUGUGUGAUGUAUGUUGUAUGUGCACUCUUCAAAAACCUUUACCAAGGGAGGUGCUCUGGAUUAAAAUAAAAUCAUUGGAUAUUAAUUAAAGUAAAGGGUUUAUCAUGAGCAGCACAAGAAACAAAUUCUGUACAGUACUGGGAUUGUGGCAGAACCAGGACAGCAAUUGUGAAACCCUCUUCAGGAGGCUUUGACUUGGCUGUGAGAUUUUAAAAUUCUACUACCUAUAUUAUUUCUCUCUCUCUCUCACUCACUUUCUCUCUGCCUUAUCCAGACAAUGUGUCAGUGACAUGUUUUAUUUCUGCUUAUCCACAUGGAUGCUGCUUGUGUAUUCUCCAGAUCGAGCUUUUAGAAUGCACUUUGUUUGUUUGGCUUCCCUUUCUCCUUGAAGAGGUCGUGUUCCUGGUUGAAUGUACAAGUGAUCACCCUUCUUGUGGCACUGUUUGGCAAAGCCCUUCUUCUGCGUUCUGUAUUUCCAGAAUUGGAAGAGGGGCGUGGCCAGGUGACCUGCGAGAACCCCACCCCACUCCAAACCACCAUGGCCUGCCUGCCAAGGAUAGGUUUUGUUGUAAAAAGAGUCCUACAGUCCUGUGCAACUCCCGCUAAAGGAGAGAUGCCCCAGCCCCUAUUCUCUGCAGUCACAGUACUUAUUGGCAUGCUUGUUGACAUUAAGUAGUGCAGAAGAGUGAAUGUUUGAAGCAUUACUGACCAGAGUAAAGCUACAAAUCAAAGCAGACUAUUUUUGUACAGAUUCUAGUGACUAAAAGGGGGAUUGCCAAUUAUGACGUUGUAUCUAUACUUUACAUUGUAAUGUAUCCAAGUGAUCAUUUUCCCAAUAAAUAAUGUUUUGAUGCAUAUAUCUUAAAAUAAGAUUUGUAUUGUGU